AUGGACUACGUUGGCGCUAUAGAACAACUUGAAGUCGAAGAUCCCCACAGUAGCUCGGGCAAGCAUAUAGAGGAAGAUCCAAACGAAAUAGCCGAGGUGAUGGAGGAAGAUCCAGAAGAAAUAUACAGAAAAGAGGUUAAGGAGCUCAGGGCUAGUCGUGCAAGGUCUUCCACUUCGGGGAAAUUCCCGGAAGUACCUGUCGGGACCACAUGGAGUACUCGCCAAGAUUGUUAUUAUGAUGGCGUGCAGCGCCAUAUGAGGGCUGGGGCAAUUGUCGCUUCAGGCCGCUAUGCACACGAGGAUUCUGGCGACACGCUCAUAUAUACAGGUGCAGGCAAACCCGUGCGCGUCGUCCGGGGCUACGAGCUUGGGUCCGAAUUUGCACCCAUUUACGGCUAUCGAUAUGAUGGCCUGUACACCGUUAAAGCUGCGUGGAAAGAGAAGAACAAAGAAGGUUUCUAUCUCUGUCGCUAUAGGAUGGAGGCAAGUCUCCCCGAUAACGAUCAAGCUUUUGUCACACUGACCGGCGUUAAAGAGGGUUCUAGGUCAACUGCCUAUACCUGUUCACUCAAAUAG